UUGAGCGCCGGCGCCGUGUGUUGUUUGGGGGAAAGUCACGUCGUCGUCUCCUCGAAGAUCAGAGAGGAGGUUUAUAUAAAGAACAGGAUGCCUCUGCCCCCAGCACUGCUGGCCCGCUUGGCCAAGAGAGGGAUUGUUAAACCGUCAGAGCAAGAAAUAGACGAGGAGAUCAUUGCUGAAGACUACGAUGACAACAAUGUAGAUUAUGAAGCCACUCGAGUGGAGAGUCUGCCACCAAAUUGGUACAAAGUGUUCGACCCAGCUUGCGGGCUUCCUUAUUACUGGAAUGUGGAGACGGAUAUGGUCGCCUGGCUGUCCCCAAAUGACCCAACUGCAGUGGUUACAAAACCUGCCAAGAAAAUUAGAGCUGAAGGAGGAGAUGAAAGAAUUGAGAGGCAGUUCGAGAAGCUAGACAGAGAGCGAGAGCGGGAAAGAGACAAAGAGCGGGAAAGGGAACGGGAAAGAGACCGAGAGAGGGAUGAAGGGAGGGACAGAGACAGAAGAAAGCCACGGAGAGAAGACAUGGCACCGUACAGUAAAAACAAACGAGGGAGAAAAGAUGAUGAGAUGGACCCCAUGGAUCCAAGUGCUUAUUCUGAUGCCCCAAGGGGAACGUGGUCGAGUGGCUUGCCCAAGCGUAAUGAGGCGAAGACGGGUGCAGACACCACAGCAGCAGGGCCUCUGUUCCAGCAGCGGCCCUACCCCAGUCCAGGAGCCGUGCUUCGGGCUAACGCAGCGAACCAAAUACCCAAGGAGUAAGCCGCGCUCCCCGGAGACAACCGACAGAGACAUAGCUGUACAGUUUGUCUUAACAUUUGCAGUUACAGACUGAAGUCUCUCUCUGAUAGUUUUCUUUUCAUUCAGAAUUUUGUGUACAUGUCAGAAAUAAGAGUGCAGAGCUUUUAUACCACCAGUGCAUUCAUACUCCUGUCAAACAUGUAGAGAACAGUUGUAAAUAUGUUUUUAUAUGAUCUAAAGUUUGACCUUGUUGUUACUAGGGCCAUUUGUAGACAUCAUUGGUUAAUAAAUUUAAAGAUUACUGUGAAAA